AGCAAAACCGUCGCCUUGGCCAUGUGAGCGGGGGAAACGCGCGCACACACAAAACUGGUCAUUCCAGCAGAGCCACGCUCGCUCGCCAUCUCUCCCCAAGAGGUCCCCACCUCCCGGGGAGUUUCAUCCUCGGGUUUCUGCAGCUCCUCCCGGUUCCUUAAACCGGGACGGUCUCCUUGCCACACCGCCUGUGUUCUCUUGCCAUUAUUCUCCGCGCGCUCUCUGAUCUUGGAACCGCCGAGGCUGCUGCUAGGAGCCGGCCUCGAGUCUCCGGAGACGGUGGUGGGUGGGGAAGUCGGCGGCAGGUGCUUCAGGUCCUUCCUGGGCUGCGUGCCAUGAAGGAAGAUGGCGUGGACAACCCGGCUUUCGAGCCUUCCAGCCCGGAUGGCGCCGAGCACAAGCGGGCGGCGCUCUCCCCAGGCCGCCUCGGCCAUCCGGCGUUGGGCAAGUCGUGCAGUUUGGACCCGGACGAGCACCUCUGCGGCAUCGGCAGGUUCGCUCCCGCCGCGCUGCAAGUCUGCAACAACCCCAAGGGCUACUUGCUCUUCUACAGUCUCCUCUCCGUCUUCCAAGGCAUUUUGGUAAACGGACUGGUAAACGUGAGCAUUUCCACCAUUGAGAAGCGUUAUGAUUUGAACAGCUCCCUCACCGGUAUAAUCUCCUCUGGCUAUGACAUUUCCUUCUGUGUGCUCUGCCUUUUUAUAUCCUUCUAUGGAGAAAGAGGGCACAAACCAAGAUGGCUGGCCUUCGCAUCUUUCUUGAUAGCACUAGGAGCACUUGUUUUUUGCUUGCCACAUUUUAUUGCGGGACCAUAUAUAUAUGGGGAAAAAGCAGAUGGAUAUAGCAAUAUUUGA